UUUAAAAAAAAAAGUGCUAACAGCUAGCUCUCUUUUUCUCUUAUCGUUUUCUUUUAGCCUUCAGAUAAGAACUGCCGCGCAGUAGAUGUCGGUGUUGUUACCUCCUUUAUUUAUGUAUAAAUUCCGAGUUAACGACUAUAAUUGAGUAGAAACUUACGUCGUUCAUGUACGUCAUCGUUCGCUCUCGCACACAUUUGACUCAGAUAGCGGCAGUUUUUUUUUUUUAUUUUGUUUGUUUUUUAAUUCGGCGGCUCUCAGCAUGUCUUACAGGAAAACCCUCAAACUCCUGUGUGGGUUCGCUGGAGGUUCUGCUCUCUUGGUGUUAGCGGCGGCCGACUCCCGCGGCUACCUGGGCGAACAGCGCGGAGAGUCAGCCGGCCGGUGGUCGAGGUUAUCGGUGCUCCGAGCGGCGCAGCCAGCGGCCGCUCACACCGCCACCGCACACACCUGGGACUUCAACUGGGACAAGAGAGACCCCUCAAUGCUGCCCAUUGAGAAGAAGAAGGCGAAUACAGCUGAAGACCUCAGCUCUGAGCAGGACAAUGGAAAACCCAGGGCUACACGCAACAUUCUCCUCAUCAGACACUCUCAGUAUAACCUGAGUGGCAGCACUGACAAGGACAAGAUCCUCACACCAUUAGGUCGUGAGCAGGCUGAGUUAACAGGCCAGCGUUUGGCAGCGCUGGGACUGAAGUAUGAUGUUCUGAUCCAUUCCAGUAUGGCCCGAGCCAAAGAGACAGCACACAUCAUCAGUAAACACAUCCCAGGAGUGGAGCUGGUGAGCUGUGAUUUGCUGAGAGAAGGAGCGCCCAUCGAGCCGGUGCCACCUGUCUCUCACUGGAAACCCGAAGCUGUGCAGUACCACGAAGAUGGAGCUCGCAUUGAAGCUGCGUUCCGCCGCUACAUCCACCGCGCUGACCCCAAGCAGAAGGAGGACAGCUACGAGAUCAUCGUGUGUCAUGCCAAUGUCAUCCGUUAUUUUGUGUGCAGGGCUCUGCAGUUUCCUUCAGAGGGCUGGCUGCGGAUGGGUUUGAACAAUGGCAGCAUCAUGCUCACCAUCCGCCCCAGCGGCAGGGGCCUCAGAACUCUGGGAGACUCCGGAUUCAUGCCUCCAGAAAAACUAACACGGACCUGAUGACGCAGUGCACCUGCAUGACGUAACCAAGAUACCCGUCUGCAGGAUCCAAGCACACUUUAUUCCUCAAGUGUCUGGAAAAUGGUAUUUGUUAUUUGCAUCAUUUCAGACAGCGGCGGUGUCGUGUCAACUUUUGUGCCACAAAAUGCCAGCAGCUGCACUGCAGCUCCUCCUGAAUGUAACAGAUUUUUUUAACUAUGUAAAUUUAUUUCAUCACCUUCAUGUUCUUAGAUUUUACAUAACGCUGAAGCUAAUUUAUGUAUGUUGUAUUCUCAAAAAAAAAUAAAUGCAUGAACGUUUUUCUGUUACAUGUUUAAAGGGGGACAAAAACCAGAGCUGCCAGUGGUAAAGAGUGAAGUUUUAUUGAAAGUAAAGGAGUUCUAGAUGUACAGAAAUAGAAUUAGCCAUGAAAGUCGGCUUUAAUAAAGCACAGAAUGCUGAAAGCA